ACGCAGGAGGAACAGGAGGAACAUGGCGACACGCUGGGGAAUCUGUGGAGCGGGGAACAUCAGUCAUGACUUCUGUGUGGCUCUGAAGACUCUUCCUCAUCAAGAUCACCAGAUAGUCGCAGUUGCAGCAAGAAACCUAGAUAGUGCAAAGACAUUUGCGAAGACUCACGGGAUUCCCGAUGCAUACGGCAGCUACGAGGAGCUGAUCAAGAACCCAGAUAUCGAUGUGGUGUAUAUCGGGAUUGUUCACACUCAUCAUCUUCAGGUCGGUCUGCUGUUCCUGAACGCAGGGAAGAAUGUUCUGUGUGAGAAACCCUUCGCCAUGAACCUGAGAGAGGUCAAGCAGCUCGUCUCGGCCGCCAAGGAGAACAACGUCUUCCUCAUGGAGGCCGUGUGGUCCCGGUGUUUCCCCGUGUACGCUGAGGUGGGCCGGCUCCUGUCCGAGAACACUAUCGGUGAGGUGAAGAUGGUGCAGGUGUAUUUCGGCUUGCCUCUUCUGGACCGGGCCCGCUCCACACAGAGGGAUCAGGGGGGAGGAGCUCUGCUGGACAUCGGCGUCUACUGUCUACAGUUCGCUCUGAUGGUGUUCAAGGGGGAAAAACCCCAGUCCAUCCACGCCACAGGGGUCCUGCUGCCCUCCGGAGCGGACGAGUCGAUGGUGGUGGUGUUGAAGUUCUCCGGGAACAGGAUGGCUUCAUGUACUUGCACUCUCUCCUGUUUGCUCCCGAACGUCGCCACCAUCUGUGGAACCAGAGGAACCAUCAGAGUGGCGAAUCCCAUGCACUGCCCAACCACUCUGGAGGUGAACGGGAAGAAGACGGAGUUCCCUCUCCCCGAACCCGCUCUGCCUCUGAACUUCGAGAACAGCACCGGACUGAGAUACGAGGCAGAAGAAGUGAGACGCUGCCUCCUGAAAGGACUGAAGGAGAGCACUAAAAUGUCCCUGACAGACUCCGAGCUUCUGACUGGGAUCAUGGAUGAGGCCCGGCGGCAGGUGGGCGUGGUUUAUGAGCAGGACAGCCAAUGACUGCCCUCCAUUCAUUGAUUGAUCUGAGGCUUGAUUGGACGGUGCUACUCAGGAAAAGAGUUUGAACAUUUCUGUAAUAAACAGUCAUGUGUGUGUGUAGUGGUGGAGAAUAUUGUGCACAAUAAACAUUACACUAUCCAACGAGUGAUGCUGAA